UUUCCUUUUCUGAUGAAAUCACUCCAUCGAAGGGUUGUUAGGAAGGAAGAGAACUGGCGGGGUUUCGCUUCCGUCUUCCUCUCCAACCUUCAAAUCGAUGUACGACUGUCACUGAAACCCUAACCCGCCGACGUUCGCCACCACUAUCCCGUUCCUGCUUCCAAAAAAAAUUUGCGUAUGAAGAAUAUUAUUGAACUCCACAACAAGGGUGAAGAUUGUCGAGCUCCAUAGCUAGGGUUUCAAAGGCAAGGCUGAAAGUUAAUAUCAGGGUCUUCAUAUAUUUCUGAAGCCAAAAUAGUGUAGGGUUGAUAACUCUCUACUCCUGAAAAUCCCAAAUCAGAAGAAAAUGACCGACUACAUUCCCCAAGAUGUGCUAGUCAACAUCUUCAUCAGACUAACCAUAAAAACCCUCUUGCAAUGCACCUCUGUCUGCAAAUCAUGGUACUCCAUCAUCGUAAACCCUAGUUUCAUCGAUUCCCACCUCAAUCGACCACCUACUCAAACCUAUAACAAUGCCCACCACCUUUUGCUUGUGCGGACCUGCUCCUCUGAUGAUGAUGGAGGGAAAGAGCUCUACUCCCUUCACUGUGAUGACGAAUCAUUCGAUGAGUAUGCCAAGCUACACUUUCCAUUCAGUAAGGCUUUUAAUAUGUUCUUUCGGAUAGUUGGAAGCUGCAACGGGGUUCUAUGCCUCACGGACGAUCAGAUGUCAUAUGUGCACAACACAAUUAUGUGGAACCCGGAACCCCUCAAUUCAGAAGUGGGUGAGAUUGCCGAAGCCUACGGUUACCUUCACUUCACACGGAGCGUUUGAUCGUGCAAUUGGCUUCGGCUUUGAUGCUAAGGCCAAUGACUAUAAGGUGGUCAGGAUUGUUUAUCUUCUUGAUUUUGAAUGAGAGGUCCCGCCAGAGAUUGAUUUGUACUCACUGAGCACGGGCACUUGGCGAAACAUUAGCCAUUUGGGUCUUCCUUAUUUGAUUAGUGGAAGGGCAACACAGGCUUAUUUGAAUGGGGCUACUCAUUGGAUUGGAGCCGAUAGGGAAAGGCAAUGCAUGAUGUUUGUGUCAUUCCAUAUGGCUGAUGAGUCGUUUCACAGUAUGUCACUUCCAGCAGGUAUACCAUAUUGGCAUUGGUACCUUAGGCCUGCUGUUAUUCAAGGAUCACUUUCUUUUG